AUGCUUUCAAGGCCGGAGAUCGACGCGCAGCUAGCCCUGUCACGCACGCAGCUUGGUGAGGGUUCCGGACUGGCCAUGUUUAUCACCCUUGCAGGAAUUCUCGGGGCAAAGCGAGCAUAUGACGUGAAUCAGGUCGAGGAGAAUGCGGGGAAAGCCUGGUUUGUUCGAUGCGGGUACAGCGGCGCAUUCUCAAGGGAACACCGCAGCGGCGGUAACUCACUAUGA